AGCUUCAGGAAAGAAUUCUUUGCUGUUAUUGUUUGUGUAAUUUGGUUUUUUGUUUAUGUUAAUGUGUAUCGGUUAGCAAUUUAUUUGAAUUGGCAUAACAAGCAAAUGUUGUCGCAUUGGGCAAUAAAUUGAAGCAAUUUAUAGUGCUUAAGCCAACGAAAUUCGAAGCGUGAGAAGACAAAAAGUUCCUGCAUGCGCAACAUGUGUGUCUGUCGCUAUAGCUAUGUGUGUGUGUCUGUGUGAGUGUGUGGCAUUAAUAAGCGCUUGAGCAGUCAAAGGGUUAAACCGGUUUAGUCAGCGCCAGUUGCCAGAGUUAGUCAUGGAAUCUGCAGCAGCAGCAGCCGCCACCGCUGCCACGGCAUCCUUGCAACGUGUCGCCUCGCAGAGCAGCCUGGUGCAGUCAGCGCCGCCGCAUCACUAUCAUUACAUACAAUAUCCGGCGCAUUAUCAGCCACCAUCAAUGCCAGCUCAAGCCCAGCAAUGCCAGUGUCCCUGCUCUUGUGGACGCGCCACAGCGGCCACACAGCAGCCAACACAACAGCAGCAGCAGCAACAGCAACAACAAAAUGCUUCCAUUGCUGUGGUGCUGGUGCAUCAACCAACUUCCAGCUCCACACAGCAGCAGCAGCAGCAACAGCAAUCAACAUUGAAAACACAGUCGGCGCAAUCGCUGCUUAAUCAUUCCUACCAAGCGUUGCACGAUGAGGAGCAACAGCAGCAGCAACGCGAGCGGCUGAACUUGCCACUCGACAGCUCGGUGGGGUCGGCCAGCUGUGACUGCGAUCUGGAAUGCAGUUGCGCCCACAAUGGCAUCUCCCUCAGUCAACAGCACAAGCGUAAUCUGCUCACGGAUGCCAUGUUGGCCGCUGAUGAAAUAACGGUCAGCGAGUCGGACAACAACAGCACCAUGAUCAAAAAGAAAAAGCCGCGUGCCAGUGGCGCUGCUGGUCAGUUGCCUGUCAAGAUGCAACCCACGAGCAGCUGCAAUGACAUCUACCAUGAUACGGAGCUGGAAGCAGCAGCUGUGGGCGUGGCUGCUGCUGCUGCUGGAAUUGCUGGUAGCAACAAGUCACAGAGUCUGGAUGAUCAUCGACCGCCAUUGCCGCCACGCCCACCGCCCAGACCACGCAGCAAUCUCAAUGGCUCAAAUGCACAUCGUCAUGGCGUGGGCAUCAAAAAGUAUGUGGUGUGGUGUCUCAUCUGCGGCGGCUUCAGCUGUCUGCUGGGCGUGCUCUUCCUGGGCGUUUACUUUCUGCUGCAUUCCUACACCAUCACUGUGGGCAACUUUGAAACUGUGCCCACCUUUGUGCCCGCCACGCUGCUCAUACUCACGGGCGUCUGCAUCAUGAGCCUGGCCAGGCGUCGCAAUCGCUACAGCUAUUUGAUUAAGCUAUCAGGCGCCUGCGGCUUGGUCUCUGCUUUAACAUGCGCCUUGGUUACAGUCACCACGACCGUGUUGCAUAUGAGUCGCCUGCAGGCUUUGCGGGAAUGCGAGUACGCGCAGAAGACGCGCACCUGCACCUGCUACUCGGAUCUCAUUGAAUCGCAGGUGGAUCGCGUGGACAAAGAAGGCGUGCGUCUGGUCUUUGAUUCGCUCUCGGACUGCGGCGUCGUGCACGGCUCGCUCUACACCUGUCUGCGCGCCAUCUUUGGACUCUCCGUGGCAGGUGUGCUCAUUGCUGUGUUCAGUUGCAUGCUCGUCUAUCAGCUUCUCAGCCAUGAGCGCAAGAAAAUGUACUGGGAGCAGCUGGAGCUGCGCUGCCGUUCGCUCUAUGCCAGUCAAGCGCCGCCAACUCAUAGUCUGGGCGCCUUGGCAGCGCCGGGACGCAUGCUCAACUGUCGCUGCUGUGAGCAGUGCCACGCCCAUCGCCAGUUAACGCUGCCGCUGCAGACAACAGCGUAUCCCUGGGAUGAGGCUAGCGCAGCGGCGGCGGCGGCAGCUGCUGCUGCUGCUGCUGGUGGCGCCAAUGCGGAGCAGCGUUUCUGGGCCACACAGCCGCCGGGCAACUUCUACUCACCCAAUCCAGGUGGCGAGGAGGCGGCAGCAGCGCAUGAGCGUGCAGCACGCGGCAACGGCGGCGGCUGGAGCUGGCCACGCAUGCCCUGGCAACGCAAUUCGCCGGAUGCCACACGCAGAUUUCGUCAGGCAGCCGCCAGUCCGGACUCGCAGUACGGCUUUAGCUCCACGGCUGCUGUAGCCGUUGCGGAUGGCAAUCAGCUGUUAAUGGAGGAGCCUGUGGGCGCUGUCUACAAUGCCAUGCCAGCGAAUGCCUUGCCCUAUGGCGUCUGGGGACCGCCGCCGCCGUAUAGCGAUCCCAACAGUCCGGCGCGUCGUGGCUACUAUCAGUAUUUGCAGGCGGGCGUCUGCCUGUCCAGCAAUGCAGCAGCGGGCGCAGCGCUGCUGCCACAGCAAGCCAUUGAGGCACAGCCAUUGGCGCAGCUGCAGAUGCAGCAGCUGGCGCAGCAGACGCGUGCUGGCCAAGCAGCGACGCUGGAGCGCAUGGAUGGCCUUAAUGCUGGCAGCGGCGUUGUGUCCACAGCGGGUUUGGUGCGUCAUGGCGCCGGCUACAAGGCCAAGUACGAGAAUACACACUCGGAUUCGGAUGGCGGCGGCGGCUGGGAGCGCGAACGCUGCUCCAAUACGCUGCCCACGCGCAAGCUGAAGAAGCGCAUUGAGGCGGGCGCCAAGAGCAUUGGACCACAGAACAAUGCAAGCCAUCAGCGUCCCAAUAUACAGCAGCUGUUUCCAAACGCUGAGGCGCAAUCAAAGCCGCUGGAGGAGCAACAGCCGACGCAGCAGCAGGCGCAGUCCGCUGCAACGGGUGUGGAGAACAGCGCCUAUCAGGACUCCAAUGGUGCCAUAGCCAAGGGACAGGGCCAGGCAGCGGGCACUGCUGGCGAGAGCUUGGAUCCCGCCGAGUCGGAGGUUUACUUUGCCGAUGUCAGCAGCUGCUGCAAUGACAAUUACUAUGACAAUGCGCAGCGGCAGCUGGCGGCGCUGCCUCACCAGCAUCAGCAUCAGCACAGCAAUUGCAGUCACAGCAGCAAUCAGAGCAACGCCAACAACAACGAGGAUUAUCUGGCGCAGCGCUUUGCACGCCGGGAGCAUUCCAUACGCAGUCGUCUGCCCAUACCACAAACGCGGCUGGAGGAUGACUAUGAAAGCUCCAACUUGAACAUGCCCACGCAGAAGGACAUUUCGCGACAGAGCAUGUGCUCCGUGGAGUCGGAGGCCAAGACUGAGUUUACCGAUCUAUCGCCAUCGACGCCAUGCGGCGCCGCCUUGCCACCGCUGCCGCCGCCAGCGAACUUCGCCAGCGAUGCACCAGCCAUGCCAGCGGCCACUGCGGCGGCAGCCAACUUUGUUGCCUCGUUUCCCUACUCCUCGGAGUCGCAGUGCCUGGAGGCGCAUCGCCGCUCUACCAAAAACAUCCACGAGCUGUUGCUGGCGGGCAACAACACGCAGGACGGCAGCCAAUCCUCGCACUAUGAGAUCAUCAACGAUCGUGAGCGUUAUCAGCUGCAGCGCGGCGGCGGCGUCGGCAGCAGCAAGCACAAGUCCAAGUCCAAGUCGCGCUCCAGGGAGCAGCUGGACAUCUAUGGCAGCAGCGGCGCCACAGAGCGCUCCGAUUGGUCUGAUGGCAGCGGCGGCGGCGCCGCCUUGCGCAGCAGCAGCAGCAAGCGCUUGUGAGACGAACUGGAGGUCGAGCUGUUCGUCUAGGUUUCACUUGCAUUCAUUUGUUUGGACUGUCUUCCCGUCUUUGAUUCGAUUGAUCUAUGGAUCGCCUUUGCAAUGUUUGCCAUCCAACCAAACAGACAGACACUUAUUAAGUACACGUAUUAAUUAGUUAGUCUCGCUAUUGUUA